GAAUAAGCAAAGCCAUGAGUACUGCAAGCAAAUAUAAAGAAAUAUUUGAAAUUUUUUAAAGAUUAAUUUACCUGAAAAUUGCGGAGCCCAGAGGAGUUAAUAUUGAGUAAAUAUUGAUUUUCCCUUUAACUGGUGUUGGCCAAACUAAUAAGCUUCAUGUUUGUGCAUACAGAUGUACAUAUGCAUAUUUAUAUGUAUGUACAUAUGUAUGACUGCAUUUACCGAAGCUAGCCUAAAGCCUACAUUGUCGUUUCCUUGCAUUUCCUGUAUAUUUUUUGACAAUGUCUGCACAUUCAAACUGUCUUUCAGGCGCGCCACGGAAGUGUUGGAGCGCCAAACAAAAUGUGAUGCGACGCUCUGUGCCUGUGUUUGUGCAACAUAAGGCGGACGUUACUCGUUGUAGAGAGAGAAAUAAUGCGCACCGCAGCGCGCGCAAAGGUCACCGCGCAAAAGCGAUUACGUGAAAGCCCUGCAAUAUGUUGGACCUGUGGCAACAGCCAGCAGCAAGCAACUAGCAGUAGCAGGUAACUGGCUGGUAGGAACCAUCAGGCAGGCUACUAGCAGAGAUGUGUCUGUUGAUGUGCCGCAGCGUUGGCUUGGCUGCUCUAGGGAAGAUUUUGUGCGCCGCUGCCGCUGUUUUGACUUCGUUUUUAUCGUGCGAUAUUUCAGGUGUGUGUGCUUGUGGGCAAUUUUGGGUCUCAGCCGCGCUCCCUGUCUGCUUGCUAAUACAUAUUUUUCGUUAGUGCUGGAGUGUGCGCUUGCUGGUGGUGGCUCUGGCAGCUGGCUUGCUGCUUCGCGCUGUGACUGCGCGCUUAAGCAGCUGUGUGGCUCGGGCCGUUUGUUGCUGGUGGUUGGCUGGCAGACUGGCGUACCGCUUACAUAAUAUCCGAAUGUGGUGUAUAAAACACUGCACUGUGUCAGUUGGCGUAUCAUUUGCAGUUUAACAUUCAACGAAUUCACAGACCGGAAGCGAGACACAAAGACGGUCUGAAGCUCCUGGCGUAGUUACAAAAAGAGUGAUUUGAUUUUUCCAGCAGACAAAAUGGCCAAGUGGUUCAUUUUGAGCGCUUUACUGCUAGCCAGUUGUGCGGUGCAUGGUAAGCCCACAUUCGGCAAGGAACACGUACAUAUUCGCAUCCAUCUGGCCGAUGAACAUGGUGAUCAUGGUCAUGGAGGCGGUGGUGGCCAUGGAUAUGGCGGUGGCGGUGGACAUGAUGACAUAAUCGGACCAUUAACAGGUGGACUAUUGGGCGGUGGCCUCAUCGGUGGUGGUCAUGGCGGGGGUGGCGGCCACGGUCACGGUGGCGGUGGUGGUCAUCACGAAACCAUCAUUUUAGAUGGUGGUGGUCACGGUGGUGGUGGCGGUGGUGGAGGUCAUGGGCACGGCGGCGGCGGUGGUGCUCAUCAUGAAACCAUUAUUUUAGAUGCUGGAGGUUAUGGUGGUGGUGGCGGAGGUGGAGGUCAUGGACACGGCGGCGGCGGCGGCGGUGGUCAUCAUGAAACCAUCAUUUUAGAUGGUGGUGGUCAUGGUGGCGGACAUGGCGGCGGACACGGUGGCGGUCAUGGUGGUGGUCAUGGUGGUGGUCAUGGUGGCGGUCACGGUGGUGGUCAUGGAGGUGGUGCUGAAACUCAUACUCUUAUCAUAUCGGACGCAGGCGGUCAUGGUGGACACGGUGGUAGCGGUGGCGGCGGCUACGGUGGCGGAUACAGUGCAGGCGGACAUGGCGGUCAUGGCGGUGGGGCAGCUCACGUGGAUACUUAUGCCAUCAUUAAAGAAUCUGGUAGUGGUUAUAGUGCAGGCGGUCAUGGUGGAUAUGGCGGUGGCGGCGGCGGCAGUGGCGGUGAUUCACAUCACUUAGCUAAGAUAGCAGCAUUGGCGGCAACAACUGGUGGAUCCCACAGCAGCGGCGGGGGCGGUUAUAGUGGUGGCGGCUAUGGCGGUGGCGGUCAUGAUGCCAGCCAUUUAGCAGCGGUGGCAGCCGCAGCAGAUGCAUCCGGACAUGGAGGCAGUGGUGGUGGUGGCUACGGCGGUGGCGGUCAUGAUGCCAGCCAUUUAGCAGCGGUGGCAGCCGCAGCAGAUGCAUCCGGACAUGGAGGCAGUGGUGGCGGUUAUGGUGGUGGUGGCUACGGCGGAGGCGGUCAUGGUGGAGGUCAUUUAGCUGCAGUGGCAGCCGCAGUGGAUGCAUCCGGACAUGGUGGCAGCGGCGGAGGUUAUGGUGGAGGCGGUUACAGCAGCGGCGGUGACGCACAUUCGAUUGCCAACAUUGCAGCAAUAGCAGCUUCAAGCGACUCACACGGUAGUGGCGGCGGCGGCGGCGGCUAUGGCGGCAGCAGUUAUGGUGGCGGUGGACACGAUGAUGCCAAGAUUGCAGCGAUCGCCGCAUCCUCCAGCAGCGGUUCUAGCGGCUAUGGCGGCGGUGGUUACAGUGGCGGAGGCCACAGUGGAGGCGGCGGCUACAGCGGUGGAGGCUACAGUGGUGGUGGUGGCUACGGCGGUGGUGGCGGCGGCGGUCAUGUCGACACAGCUAUUGUCGCCUCAGCAGCUAGCGCGCACAGCGGCUCAAGCGGCGGCGGCGGCGGCGGUGGAGGCUACAAUUAUGCACCAUCGUCCGGUAGCGGCUGGCAAUCGUCUGGUAGCGGAUGGCAAUCAUCUGGCAGCGGCGGUUGGGCGACGUCAGGCGGUGGCGGCGGCAUCGGCUGGUACAAACGCUGAUGACCGCCGCGUAUUGACAACGCGCUCAUACAUAAAACAGCCACCCAAAGUUUAGUUGCUAAGCAAGCGCAUAAAUAUGUUUUCUAAUGUUGUAGAUACGCCUAAGAUUAAGCAUAUUUAUUCUAGUCCACUAAUGUUGAGGCCAAGAAUAGCUGAGCAGCCUGAGAAAGAGAUGGAAAGAGGCGUGCUACACAUGCGCCUCCGUCGUCAACGUCUGCCAUUUGAAUUAAUUGAAAGGUCAAAGGUCAUGCGGCUGUUCGCCACAAAUAUCACGUCACGCCUCAGCUCGUUCAUUUUAAAUUAUGAUCGACAAACGCAAAUCAUUGUUUUUUGUUUUACAUACAUAAAUACAUUAUUUUUUAAUUUUAACGAAUUUGAACACUUCUAUUUAAAGAAAAGUGUGCUAAAUAAAUCUAAUUUAUAUACUAAUUUUUAUAUUUAA